UGUUGUAUCAAGUUCCUAAGCUUAGGCUUGGGUGAAACUGCCAUUUGUGGAAGCCCCUUUGCUACUGUGAGCUUCCCAGACCCUUUUGCAGGUGUACUCAUCCCUGUUGCACUCAUCCUGCUUCUCAGGCACCAUUGGAAGUGAGCAGUGAUAGGUGUACAGCACAGCCUCUUGUUUUCCUUCCUUCCUUCCACUUGAUAUGAAGAUAAUGGGAAUAAAAGGCUCCUGGCUCUGGCUUGGUGGCUUUUCUGGCUGUGCUGGACCACAGCCCACCACCCUGGGGAGGCUGCUUUGCUUCUCUAGUGCUCCAGCCUUGGGUUUCUGUGGGUCACUGGCUCUGGGCGGGGCUGGUUCUGCAAGCUUGCUUGGGGUGGGUUUGGCAACAUGAGGGAGAAGUUCCUAGGAGAACUGCUGGUUUGGGAAUGUGGCUGUGCCAGGGUCAGGGCCUUGAGCAGGGCUCUGGGGUGAUACUGAAUGUUUCUGCACCAUCACCUCAAUGUUGUAUAAGGACAUGAGGAUACUCAGGUGGCCUGAGGUAUUUGUUUGCCUGAAGCACUUGCAGUGCUCAUCUCUGCAGCCAUCAGUGGGAUGGGCAGCAGCCCCAAGGUGUCUUGGGUCUGUGGUUGCUUGGUGAAGGGCAGCAUUAUUGUAUUAGAGAGGAAAAGGAGUGGAAACAGGCUGCUGUGUCCUGCCUGCCCAUCUUUAGGGGGAGAGAGGGCCAUGGCCCUCAUUUCUCAGCUGCUGUGGACUGGGAGGUGAAGCUCACAAAGGCUCUGCUCUGGUUUGUGAGCUUCUGGCCCAAAAUCUCAUGUCCUCAGGCAACUUUUAUAAGAUUGGACCCCCUAAAAGGUUAUCAUGUCCCUGGCAGCCCAGUUCACAGACUUCCAGCAGAGCCCUGUCAGACCUCACUGCUGCCUUCUCUCUGCUUGGCUCUUUAUCCAGUCAUCCUAAGUGCCAUCCUAACAACUGAAUAGGCAUGGUUGCCAUGGGAACAGGAAUUGGCUGUUUAUUCUGAUUUUUGUGGCAAAUUCCAGGAGAGUUGUUGGCUGUUUUUUUAAUAGCAGACAGGAGGUGGCCCAGGUUGUGAAAGGUGGUUGACUCAGGGUGCUUUGAACUGGCCCUCGGAAUGUUCAGCUCCAAACAUCCUGUCUGAGGGGCACCUCCCCAUGGUGGCUUCUCCCUUUAUCUGCCUCUUCUGAGUAAUAACCUCCUUGCUGACACAUCUGGAGAGGGAGAAGGACAGGCAGGAGUCACAGUUGCAGAAAAGGACUGGAAAGCCCAUGAGGAGGAGAAAAGUGAGUCCUCCUUAGGUGGUAGAAGCCUACAGAGAGCAAGGAGCUCUAGAGGUCUUUCUGGAGGGAACAAGACCAUACCCAGGUCUAGAGAAUGAGCCCGAUGCCAACAACUUUUUUGGGCAGUGCCCUCCGGGGCACUUUCUUCUUCGCCUUUGGCCUGUGGUGGUCAGUGAGGUACCCCCUGAAGUACCUCAGGAGGAAAGGGGGUGCUGAGGGCCAGCCGGGCCGUGGGCACACGGAGGUCUUCGAAGGCGCAGUCAAAGCUUUCUUUGCUCUAGUAGGGAUACUGGUGGAGCAGUUUGUCCCCACUGGUCCCCACCUGCAGCUGUACAGCCCCAAGACACACAUCUGGACUGACCUCACCCACUGGCACUACUCCACCAUCUACCUCUUCUUCCUCCUCUCCGGCAUCACAGAUAUGGUCUCACACUCCCCACUCAAGCUGCCCCCUGGCUUGGACCGGCUCUCGCUGUCCCUGGCUCUGCUUGUGGAAGGUUUGCUCUUCUGUUUCCGUGACUACAGUGAUGCUAUGCUGGACCAGCACCUCCACUCCCUGCUGGCCAUGGCUAUCUUUGCUGGAGCCCUCUGUGCCCUCCUAGAGGUGUUCCUCCGAGACCAUAUCAUCCUGGAGACAUUCAGGACCAGCUCCUUCCUUCUCCAGGGCUCUUGGCUUUGGCAGAUUGGGUUUGUGCUGUCCCCUCCAUGGGGAGGACCAAGCUGGGACCAGAGCGACUACAGCAACCUCUUGUUCCUCACCAUGUGCUUCUGCUGGCAUUACUUGGGUGCUCUCGCCAUUGUGGCCACCAAUGCUGCUUCAUCCCGCUGCUGCAAUGAGUCCUGCCAGCUGAAAUUUGGGGACAUCGACGUGGAAUUGGACUGUGGCUUGUGCCUCCAUAGAGGGAAGAAGAGCUCCGGUGGCGCCUUGCUGCCGGAGAGCAGCUUGGAUGACAAAUGAGGCUGUGGUGGGCAUGGAAAUCUCUUCCCUGAUGGUUUAGAGCUCUUGAGAUGAGGUUUUUAAUUAGUCUUGAUAAACUACAGCGGCACUUGACAGUGGAGCAUCAGAAGUAGAAGGCAAGACCCUGAGGCAGAGCGUGACAGGAGAUGCUAAGUCUUUCCUUGUGCAUCCCUUUGGUAACCAUGAGUUCAUAAUUCUCUGAGCUGCAGCUCAGGCUGCAGACUGCAGGACUAGUUUGCUGUUGGAGUCCAACUGGAGUGGCAAAUCAGACUAUCUUUUCUAACAUUUCCCUUCUGCUUCCUCAGAAGGGAGCCAAGAGAGCGUUCAAAGCUCCUGGUGGCUGUCGUUCACUCUGGUGUUAAUGGAAAGGGUUUUGUACUAAGCUAAAUGUACAGACUAUCUGUGAUCACCAAUAAAGUGCUUUAACACA